AUGGCGCCUACCCGCUGCACCACUGGACCACCAGGGCCAAGAGCCACAAUAACUAUGCAAGAGAACCAAAACAGCAGUGGAUUCAUUCUCCAGGGUUUCACAGAUUAUCCAGACAUGCAGAUUCCAUUGUUCUGCCUGUUUCUCCUGAUCUAUCUCCUUACUUUACAGGGAAAUGUACUUAUUCUAAUAGUGAUUUACCAAACCUCCUCAUUGCACAUUCCUAUGUACUUCUUCCUAUGCAAUCUUGCAUUUAUAGAUCUCUGUGCCUCUUCUGUUUCUCAGCCUAAACUUCUUUCUAUUCUCUUAAGAGGGGACGGUGCAAUUUCUUUUAGUGGCUGCAUGAUCCAGAUGUACUGCUUUUUAUCUUUGACAUGUGCCGAAUUUGUCUCAUUGACUGUCAUGGCGUAUGACCGCUAUGUUGCUAUUUGUAACCCUUUGAGCUAUUUGAUUGUCAUGAAUAAAAGGGUUUGUGUUAUAUUGGUCAUUUUUUGCUGGAUGUUUAGUUUUGCAGAACCAAUGUCACACACUUUGCUCAUAUCACAUUUACCUUUCUGCAGAUCACGGACAUUAGACCAUUUCUUUUGUGAUCCUUCAAUAUUAUUAAACCUGUCUUGUGCAAACACCUUUUCUAUUGAGUUGUUGACAUAUGUGUUGGGCUUCUUGGUAGGACUUCCUGCAUUUGCGCUUAUAAUAGUCUCUUAUACCUACAUCAUUUCCACUAUUGUCAAGAUUCAUUCUACUACAGGAAGGGAGAAAGCUUUCUCUACUUGUACCUCCCACCUCACUGUGGUCAUUGUCUUCUAUGGAACCACACUCAUUACUUAUAUGCAGCCUACAUCUCAGUAUUCAUCCACUUUAUCAAAACCAUUUUCCUUUCUCUACACUGCCCUGGUACCACUAAUAAACCCUUUUAUAUACGCUUUACGAAACAAAGAUAUUAAACAACAAAUUUUCAACAAAAUAGAAUUCCAAAGGGGAUGUGCUGCUCCAUUACAGCUGUGCUGUUUAUUUACAUGGCGCACUUUCAUAGAUGCUCUAGGAUCCAGUGCAGAUGGAGGGCUGGCAACCCAGCCUUCAGUUCCUGCUCCAGGGCUGGCUGCCCAGUCUUUAGUUCCUGCUCCAGAGCCAGCUGCCCAGCCUCCAGUUCCUGCUCCAAGGUCUGCCCUCCAGCAGAUUUUUCUGGUACCAGCCCUCCGUCGGCUUGGUCCUUUGCCAGGCUUCCCACGGUUUGGGCCCCUACCUGCUCUCCAGCAACUCAGUUCUGGACAUCUACCUCAUGCUGUGGCGGCAUCUCAGCCAGUAAAUGCUCCUGUACUGGCUCCCCAAAAGCUACCUGUUCCCAUGCCGGCUCCACAAAUGUUGCCUAUUCUGAUGCAGGCGCCCCGAAGUUUGCCUGUUCCCAUGCAGGCUCUCCAGUCUUCAGUUCCAGCUCCUGUGCCUGCACGCCAGUGUUCAGUUCCAGCUCCUGUGCUUGCACUCCAGUCUUAA